AUGGCAUGGUGUGAACGAGGGGUUCAGACUUUGCUUGCCGUCGUGGGGGCCUUCGCCGCCUUCAGUCUAAUGACCAUCGCCAUAGGCACCGACUACUGGCUUUACUCACGGGCGUACAUCUGCAACGCCACCAAUGCCACCUCGGACGAGACCCAGAUGCAAACCAAGAAAGUCAGGGGCGACCUGACGCACUCCGGACUGUGGAGGAUCUGCUGUAUCGAAGGUAUCAACAAAGGAAGCUGUUUUCGGAUCAAUCAUUUUCCAGAGGAUAACGACUACGACACAGACAGCUCAGAGUACAUCUUACGUAUAGUGCGUGCAUCAAGCCUGUUUCCCAUUCUCAGCAACAUUCUGCUGAUGUUGGGUGGCCUGUGUGUCGGGGUUGGGCGCAUCUACAGCAACAAGAACAACAUCCUGCUCAGUGCUGGCAUCCUGUUUGUGGCUGCAGGCCUGAGCAACAUUAUCGGCAUCAUCGUCUAUAUCUCCAGCAACGCCGGAGAUCCCAGUGACAAGAAAGACGAGGACAAGAAGAAUCUCUACAACUACGGCUGGUCCUUUUACUUUGGCGCCCUUUCCUUCAUCGUGGCUGAAUCGGUGGGUGUUCUCGCAGUCAACAUAUAUAUUGAGAAAAAUAAAGAGACGCGUUUCCGAGCCCAACGCGACUUCAUCAAAACCACCUCCUCCUCUUCCCCAUACUCUCGCAUCCCAAGUUACCGCUACAGACGAAGGCGCUCACGCUCCAGUUCGAGGUCAACUGACCCGUCCCGUGAGCCCUCCCCAGUGGGGAUGAAGAUCGGUAGAGGAAGUGGCGGAGGAGGGUUGGGGAUGGGUUUGCCAAUGGGGGAUAUAUCCCUGUACGCUCUCAGUAGGGACCCUUUGAAGGGUGCAAGUGGGACUGCAAGGCACUACAGCCCAGAGAGGGACUCUGAGUUUUUACAAGUCCACAACUGCUUCCAGAAAGAUCUGAAAGAUGGCGUCAACAGGAGGACCACGCCUGUAUGAGAUCAGGAGUGUAUUGCUGUGUAAAACAAUAAGCUUGAUGGAAAACCUUACACAUUGUACAGUUGAUGAGAAAGGACAAUUCCUCCCCAGGGCUGUUCAGGCAGCAGCGAUGUUGAAAGGUCAGAGCUCAAAAUUGUUUUCCUUGCGUCCCUCUGUGACAGAAAAGUGCCAAUCUGUGUUUAAUUUGGAGAAAGGAGGAAAAGUGAUAUCAGAACAACUUUUUAUGAUAUGAAUCCUUUUUUUAAAGGGGAUGCAGACAUUUUGUAGCAAUAUUUGAGAGGUUUAAUUCUAAAAUGGGAUAACCGCAUACACACUUCUCUUACAGAAAGACUGAAAAUUGUUGUUCUUGUUCAGUUAUUUUUUAAAGGAUGGUCACUUAAGACUUUGCCUGAUAAAAUAAUUAACCUUUUAUAGACUUGCUCAAUAUUAUAAAGACUCUGAAUAUUGACCUUCAGGUAAUGAUAUUUUUCUUCUAAAAUAGCUGGAUAAUGAAGGUAUUUCUUUUAUUCUGAGGAAAAAAACAGAUGUUUGUCUAAAAUUGAGUGAUUUAAUGAUUGAGUAUUAUAAUAUUAUAUGUUAUUUGUAACUUAACACAACUGGUGCUAACUUAAUCUGUACACCUUUGCUGGUCUUAAGCUUUCUCAACUGCCAUUUAAAUACUUUUACUGUCUCUCAAUAACCUCUCUCAAACUUGUAUGUGAGUCAUGUGAUAAAUAUAUGUUACAGUAUGUGAAAUGUGCAUCACAGCUCUGAAACACUGCCACACUGGGACACAUUAAUACUAUGAAUAUGGAUUUCUGUAGAUAUAUAAUAAUAAUAAUAAUAAUCCUUAUUAUAUAGCGAUAAUGUCACUACAUUCCAGUAUGCUGUGAGAUGUAUCAGUGUAAACAUUAUUUGUACUGUAUUUCUGGUUUGCUGUCUGUUCGCUCAGGGACGAUGUGUGGAACAAAUGCAUUUACUUUUAGAGAUGUACAGCAUGAGAAAGAACAACAAGUUUAAGUUGUGUUUGGUUUUCCUUACCUAAGCCAAACAGACUGUGACAGUUGGUGUGUAAAAACAGAGGUGAGAUCACUCUGUAUGUGUUGCUAUUAAUUAACAUGACUCUUGUUUGUGCAUUUACUGCCUUUGUGUGUAAAGAGGGUUUUUGUCUGGUACAGAUUUGUUGAUCAUGGCACAAAAAAAAAUCUCUGGUAGCUGAUGCAGAACUCAUAUGUAAAGUAUUUCUGAGAAUUGUUUUGAAAAAUUGUAAUUUUCAAGGGAUUGACAAUAAGAAACAAUGUUGUGUCAUCAUUUGUUACUUUCUGAAUUAGAUAACCGCACUAUCGCAUGAUGGAGGAUAUUGAAAAAUUACUACAAUUGUAUGCAAAUCCAGUGAUUCUAUUGGUCCAGUGGUUAAAGCAAAUCCCUGAAAAAAAGACACAAUAACAAUACAGUACAAUGAACAAUAUAAACAGAAAACAGAAAAGUAUUCAGUCACAUUACAACACAAUUACAAUACAAAACAAAAAAGGGACAAGGGGGGAAAGGGUAGAUGGCAACCAUUUUAAAAGCAAUAAGCACAUUGUGUUAUUGAGAUGGAUUUGCAGGUAUAACACAUAUGUUGAGUUCAAAGCUUCUGAUCAGGGUUGUUGAGGAAUCAACUCCCAAGGUACUGAAUGGAUGUGUCUUGGAAUGGUUUCAUUUUGUCCUACAUGAUAUUCUUAGCCACAGUUAAUGCUUUUAAAGUAACUAUGUUAUGAAGUGCCUGGGAUAGUUAGCCCAUGACCUCGGAGCAGAAUGAUUGAAGCAAUGUACAGAGCCAGAAGGCAUCCAAAUAAACAUCUAUUACAUGUGGA